AUGGAUCCUAUGACUGUGCUGUCAAUUGCUGCGGCUGUAGUUCAAUUCGUUGACUUCGGCACGAGUCUCUUCUCGGGCGCACGGGAAAUGUACAAGUCAGCUUCUGGUCAGCCUCAAGACAUAAUCCAGCUAACCACCCUUGUCUAUGACCUCUCUCAAUUCAGCAAGAGCAUCCAGGAAGCAUCUGAUAAGGCCAAAAGCACACAAAAGUCAUACGACCUCACUGAAGAGAAUCUCUGCAGAGUCUGUGCCAACUGCUUGCAAACAUGUACCGAGAUACAAGCUGCCGUUUCGAGCCUGGGCCGAGUCAAAUCCCCCAAGUCCGCAGUGCCAAAUUCUAUUUUCGGAAGACAAAUUGACGCUACGCGUGCUUUUCAGAGCAUCGAGAUUGCACUGAAGAAUCUUGCUUCAUCGAAACAGAUACGCGCUUGGCAGGAUCAGCUGCGACAGUCGAGGGAGCAGAUUAUGAAGGCUUUGUUGAAUGUCCUCUGGAGUCAGUCGAAAACUCAAACUGUUACUUUGGAAAACAUUUCCCAGCGGCAGAUCAGCGCGGAUCGUACAUUGGGUCACAUUAGGGAGGACACAAUGCUUUUGAGACAACAGUUGGGGAAAACAUCGAAACUAUGGCCUCUGCCACUGCCCCGAGGUUCUGCCACCGUGUCUAUGGAACCACAAGAAUUUGACGAGAAAUCAUGUACUGAGGCAAUCAUCGACAGCCUCAAAGUUCAUCACAUUGACCAGCGCGAGAGAGCCAUUCCCAAGGCCUAUGAAAAGACAUUCGAAUGGAUAUUCACUGAAACCAAAGCAUCCAACGGCAGAGUUCUGCCCUUGCCACAAUUUGAUUCGUGGCUGGAGGGUCCGUCGUCGGAUAUAUAUUGGAUCAGUGGCAAAGCAGGCGCAGGCAAAUCGACCAUGAUGGAGUACAUCUUGCAUCACCCUCUCACUCGGGAAAAGAUCACGAAAUGGAAUGAGGUCACGGCUCGCCAACUACUCUGGGGUUCUUUCUUCUUCUGGAAUGCCGGUAACGCCAUUCAAAAGUCAAAAGAAGGGUUGCUAAGAGCUCUCCUCUUCCAAUUUAUCGAGCAGGAACCAGAUAUUUUGCGGCAGAUCUGUCCUCGAAGGUGGGCAUUGUGUAAAGCCCUUGGACCAGGAUCAAUUACCAGCGCUCCAGAUUGGCAGUGGGAAGAGCUCUUGGAAGCCUUCUCGCUCUUCAGUCUGCUUCUUGGAGAUCGUUUCAACCUAUUUCUUCUAAUCGAUGGACUCGACGAAUUUGAGGGAGAUCAUGAGAAACUGAUUGAAUUCAUCGAAGCUCUGCACUUGAGGAAUGGCACCAAGAUUUGUGUCAGCAGUCGUCCUUGGAAUACGUUCACAGACACUUUCCACAACAACUACACCCUGAAGAUGGACCAAGUGACAGCGGGAGAUAUAUACCUUUACGCACAGGGAGUCUUCUUGUGGGUCUCGGUCGUGGUGGCUCAGAUCCGGCUGGGCUUGAGUGAAGGUGACAAGGUAUCGGACUUGCAAGCUGUUCUGGAGGACAUACCAAAGGAUCUAUCAUCCAUCUAUGACAGCAUAUGGAGAAGGAUCAAGCCGUCAUACGCUCACAACUCCUCUCAAAUCUUUCAGAUUCACCAAUGCGCCAUCGACAGCAAUGAAAGGAUAGAGGCACUCCUAUUAUAUCUUGCGGACGAAGAACUAAGUACCCAGGAUGAAGACAUAUCUGCAUUCAUGGGAACACGGCGAAAGCAUGUGACACAAAUUGUCAAGCGCAUGCUUGACAGUCGGACGAGAGGCCUCCUAGAGGUAGAUAAAGAUGGCUACGUCACUUAUCUUCACAGGACCGUGAGGGAGUGGAUUGAGCCGAAAUGGCCUGAGAUAUGCUCCAGGGCAUCGUCCGACUUCGAACCGCAUCUCGCACUCUUGAGGGCUUUGGCCACUUAUCGCUCUGCCUCUGAGAAAUGGACUAUUGGCCGCUACGACACCCUCAUCGAAACGACAUGGCUGAUUCUUUCCCGUUGUUUCAAUCAUUCCAUCCGAGUUCGAGACAAUCAUGCUACCAUCGACACCUUGGUACAGCUAUUGGACAGUUUGGAUCUGUACAUGACCAGGAUAUGGGCCACACACCCAGGGAAGAUGACCACCAGUGUCGGAGAAACCGAACUCGAUUUCAUGCUGCGUCGAUACAAUGAGUAUCACUCCACAGCACUCGAAUCUCAUGCCAUGUUCGGGCAAAGGAAGGAGUCGGUAUGGGGGAGGGCGUGGAUACCAGACAUUCACUAUUUACAGACUCCCUUCUUGGACACCCAAUUCACCCAAAGCAACGUGAAUUUUGUGGGCCUAGCAACUCAGUUCGGCUUGAAGUCUUAUGUCAGGUUGAAAUACAGAGCUGAUGAGGAACUCUUCAGACCAUUAGCCCCGGCACUCUUGUCAUGCGCAGUGCUUGGAUUUCAGUAUUUCUGUCGCGAACCUGGGGUGAGACGAAGCUUUGAGAGGCUGAUCGGAGACCGGAGCACCUUCCAUGGUCGAAAAGAGCUUGUCAAGUUCAUAUUGGAAGAUGUGGAUCCGAAAAGUGCUUUUCAGUCGGGGAUGUUGGCGGAUUCGAAGUUUGAUACGAUUGGUAGAGUCGUAUCCUGGAGGACACAUCGAUAA